AUGCAUCCACAACGAGUCACUGUUUGGUGCGGAUUUUGGUCUGGUGGCAUCAUCGGCCCAUUUUUCUUCGAAAAUGACGAAGGAGCCACCGUAACCGUCAAUGGUGAGCGCUACCGGGCAAUGUCAACUGACUGGUUUUUUACUGAAAUUGACGGAAUGGAUAUGAACAACAUUUGGUUUCAACAAGACGGCGCUACGUGCCACACAGCGCAUGCCACAAUCGAUAUUCUGCGUCCAAUCUUCGAAAAUCGAAUAAUCAGCAAAAAUGGUGAUGUGAAUUGGCCUCCCCGGAGCUGCGAUUUGACACCAUUGGACUAUUUUCUGUGGGGAGCGGUGAAGGAUAAAUUUUAUGCAAACAAUCCAGAAACAAUUCAAGACCUCAAGACCGAAAUUCAUGCCGCUAUUGCUGAAAUAAGGCCAGAGACAAUCGAAAAUGUACUCAAAAAUUGGGUUGAUCGAAUGGGCUAUUGCCAAGCUGAACUCAAGGACACCGACAACAAAAGGCUCUCGAGACCUCCAAGUCUCAUCACUAAUCCGCUUUAA